GGCCCGCUUUCCGGGUUCUUAUAACGCUGCGGGCGUUGGUUGGCAGCGAAGGCGAAGGAGACAUGGCGAUGAAGCUAGUUGUGGUCCUCGGGCUCGCGCUGCUGGGCGCCGAGAGCGGCUCCAGAGCGGAGAGCCAGAUCUUGACUUCCCAAGAGUCUGAUGGCUCCAAAACACGCCUCACCUGCACCUUCAAUGGCAGUGAUGCUGAGAUCCUGGGCCACCGCUGGAUGAAAGGGGACAUUGUGCUGAAGGAGGAUGAGCUGCGCAGCAGGACAACGCAGUUUGAGGUGGACACAGACGAGUCCUCAGGACAGUACUUCUGCAUCUUCCUCCCGGAGCUAGGCAGGACCAGCCUGGGCGUGAAGGGGCCCCCCAAGAUCAAGGCUGUGAAGAAAUCAGAGCAUGCCACUGAGGGGGAGAUGGUUGUGCUGACCUGCAAGUCUGAGUCCUUCCCCCCAGUGACCGAGUGGGUGUGGUACAAGAUAACCGAAGCUGGGGACCAGGUCCUCACCAACAACUCCCAGAACAAGUUUGUGGUGUCCUCGGAUACCAAGACUGAGCUGCACAUGCAGAACCUGGACCUGGAGGCCGACCCUGGCCAGUAUGUCUGCAACGGUACCAGCACGGAGGGCACUGACCAGGUCAUCAUCACGCUGCGUGUGCGCAACCACCUUGCCGCCCUCUGGCCCUUCCUGGGCAUCGUGGCUGAGGUGCUCGUGCUGGUCAUCAUCAUCUUCAUCUAUGAGAAGCGGCGGAAGUCAGACGACAUCCUGGAUGAUGAGGACACAGGCUCUGCUCCACUGAAGAGCAGUGGGCACCAUGUGAAUGACAAAGGCAAACAAGUCCGCCAGAGGAACGCCAACUGAGUGACAAGAGGUCUGCACAGGCCCGAGCUGCCGUCCAGAGGAGCCCGGUGUCCGGCAUGUCCGUGCCAUUCCAAGUCCUCUCCUCAUGAAGGAAACCUGCCCUGCAAAGUAGACCAUGCUGUGGGUUCAGAUCACAUUUUCUCUUCUUUUUAAAAAAAUCUAAACUAGGGUUUUCUCUCCGUAGAAUUCCAUUCCUUCGGGUUUUUGUUUUUUCUUUUUAAGAGCACUCUAGGGGAGCCACAAGGUUCUGUGGGAGGCCCCUGCUGCUCACUGCCCAUCCCCACCGUACACUCCAAACCCACACCUUCUGUGUCCCCUGGGCAUCUAGCUUUCUAGGCUGUCAUGCUGGGGAGCUGUGGAGGGCACACUGGCCUUUUCCUGAGACUCUUGCUAUGGCUCAACCUGUUGAGGCUGCUGGGCCUUGGUUCUGCGGCUUCCCUGCCAUUUUCAGAAGGUCACAGGUCGAAAUGCCCGGCAUUCCCCCUGUCUGAAUCCAGCACUGUGGCAUCGCCACAGGUCUAUGUGACGUGGGACGGGCCACCCCUUGGGAUAUCUUCCCUGCCCUUGGGGAUAGCGGUGUAGGCGACCAGCGUGGAGUGGGAGUUGCUGUAACAUCCGUGACCAUGGUGACUGAAGAAACCUGCACAGCGUCCUCACUGAGAUUGGGAAACCCCCCCUCCCCCUCCCACCAACCAAUAAAGGCAGAUCUGCCUC